AUGCGCGGCCCCAGCGCCGCAUCCAAGUGCAGCCUGGCCGAUGCAGCGGCAGUUCUCCCGGAGACCCUGGGCGUACAAGCCGAGCGCUGUCCGAGCUCGUUUGGAGUCCUCCUCGCCCCGCAACCUGCGCUCCUCGUUCUCCGGGCCGACGCAGAGGCAGCCCCAUCCGGGGAAUCCUUGGUCGUGCAAGCCUGCGCCGUGCGGCGUGUUCUUGCCUCCUCGCUCGUCUUGAACAUCCCCCUCUGUUCUCCCCCGCGUCCUCCCACUGGCAGGUGCAGUGAUACGGAGCACCUGCUUGGCCGAAUGUUUGGUGGUUUCCAUGGAGACCUGGAACUCACAGAGGUGUAA